GAGGCGUAGGAAUGACAGCUAGCACAUCCCUCAUAGUGGCUUAAUUGGAGCAAGUGUCAGGUGAUGAUUAGUCACAUCUCAAUUGAAAGAGUUGCAACGACUCAUUCUAUCUGUUAGGUGAUCAUUAGCACAUGGCUCUAUUAAAAUUCCGACUUUUCUUUUUCCUCCAUUCUACUGUAUACAAACAAAUCCUAUGCAUUUCGCGCUCUGCUGUUUAAAGGAUGGGAAAUCCUGGAAAGAAGGUUUUGCUUACAUCCAAUGGUGACAAUGUCUGCAACAAUAUUGCCUACCAUUUAGCUCAGCGUGGCUGCCAAUUAGUCUUAGUGGGUGACGACAAGAAGUUGAAGAGUGUAGCUGAGAUGAUAAGGCAAUCUCUUGAAGGCAAUGUUGUGGUGGAAGUAGUUGGCUUGAAUAUGGAGGAUGAUCAAGAGACAGUGUUUGAUGAAGCGGUUGACAAGGCUUGGAAGCUUUUGGGCUAUUUAGAUGCUUUAGUGCAUUGCUAUUCGUAUGAAGGGAAGAUGCAAGAACAUCUUCAGUUAAAUGAAGACGAGUUCAAAAAGAUUGUUAAGAUUAAUUUCAAUGCUGCUUGGUAUUUGUUGAAAUCUGUGGGUAAUCGAUUACGUGAUAGACAAGCCGGGGGAUCUAUUGUAUUUUUAUCCACAAUUAUUGGUGCGGAAAGAGGGUUAUAUCAAGGAGCUGCUGCAUAUGGUUCUUGUUUGGCCGGGAUACAGCAGCUGGUUAGGAUGUCAGCUUUGGAGAUAGGGAAGCACAGAAUUAGGGUGAACGGGAUUGCUCGAGGAUUGCAUGUGAAUGAUGAGUAUCUCCUAUCAGUAGGGAAGGAGAGGGCAGAGAAGUUAGUGAAGGACGUGAUGCCACUGAACAGAUGGCUGGACGUGAAAAAAGAUUUGGCAUCUACCAUCAUCUACCUCAUCAGUGAUGACUCCCGUUACAUGACAGGGACCAAUGUCUUUGUUGAUGGUGCCCAAUCUCUCGUAAGACCUCGUAUGAGAUCAUACAUGUGAUGUUAUUAUGUAUUGUCAUGUAUCACAUAUUUCUACUUGCCAACGGCGGAAACAACAUCAUUAUCAGCCGUAAAAUAAUUUUGUCUCGAAUAAAUGCGUACUACUAGUCUAUACAUAUAUACUUCUCCGUGUCUGAAUACUAUCGUGUUUUCUAGUCUAAUUUUCCCGUUUAUUCUUUAAGCAUGGGUUUGAACGUUUUAAACAAAGGCUCAUAUAGCUAAUCGUUUUGA